AAGCCCGUCGACAUAUGGCAAGAAAUAACGAGCAGAACAGCUGCUGAGCUCUCAGAAAAGGCGCACGUGCAAAGCAGGACAAAUGACGCGGGACUAUAAUACGCAUAUGUGCUUACGCUGCGGUUCCUUGCUAUGUCAUGGCGGCAGCCGUUCUCGAUGUAUCAGUGUCUCUGCCUAUCAAAUAAAGUCCAUGAAGCAGAGUCCUACCGGCGCGACAGUCUACAAAUCUGCUGCGUACAUGCAGACACAUCCGACACCCGAUAGCAAGCGAGACGGGCAUGAACAACGCAGUUCGGGUUUUGCCGACGUUGGCUUGGCUGAAGAGCCGUGGGAGAAGAUUGCGCCGGUCUCUCGGGAACAGAUGAUAGAGCUCCUAGAAGCCAAUUGGCCAUGGCCUCGUGACCAUACGUACAAGAGAGACGUGUGUGUGUGGGCUCUGAGAAGGCAGAACAACGAGAGAAGGCGACAAUGGAAGCUUGGAGCAGGUGAUAAGCCAGGAUCGGCUGCUGAACCAACAGUGGCACUUGCCGCUCGGAACGAGAACAUUCAGUCUCCUACUGGGAACAUUACCCACGACUUGCAGCCACCCACCAAUAGCUCGCAGAUCGAGCAGAGAAAUGCCAAUGCUCUAUGAACACGCUACUUUGACCCAGUCCGAGACUGACUGAAUAAGACAAUGACGUCCCAAGACCACCAGAUGCUUGGC